CACAGCUGCAGCACCGCAGCGCCGCAGCCACCGCGGCACAACGCCGGCUGCAGGCUCCCUACCCCGCGCUGAAGCGUUUUCCUCGGGGCUUUAAAAGGGAAACUCCACGGAUCUCAAUCCAUGUGCCAGCAGCACUGCCAGGGGACAGUAACCGCGGAACCAGCCCGAAGAGAUGCUGCGGACCAGCCCCGUCUCGCCGGCGGCGGGAGGAGAUUCCUUCAUGGCAAACGAGCCCAUCACGGAGUCAGGAUGCUGCACCCCACGCAAGGGAGCCACUCACUGUGUCCCAGACAGAGAGAAGACUUCCAGCACCACGCUGAGGAAAAAGGUGAAUUACACUGGAAACAACCCCAAAACCUGCAGCUACAAACAGCAGGAGGGAAAGGUUGUCUUUUCCUUUUUUAACCAAAACAAAGCUUAACGCGAGUGUCCCUGAGUACAGCCUCUGCCAACCCUCAGAGCAUGCUGGCCUCUCAGAUCAGCUCCCACCUCUCUUUACACUUGUUGCUGGAAAUACCUGCCCCAAAUAGAGUUCUUAUUUCCAUAGUGAGCUCAGGACUCGGUUGAGGUAACCCCUGUUGUUACUGGUGAAGGCUUCCUCUUGCCGAAUGCCUUUGGAGUUGGGCUGCAGCCACUAGUGCCACACCAAAUGACGGUGCCCAGCGCCUCCAGCAGCACCGUGGUCACUGAUGACAUCCAGGGCAGGAGAGGGAAGGUUCUAUCCCAGCACAGGCAACAGGCACAGCAAAGGACAGUGAGCACCGCAGCAAGACCCCAGGCAGGCGCACAACACCUGCUAGUAUAUGCAAGUCCCCUGCACAUCCACACAUCUCGCUCAGAGCUGCUCCUACCUCUGCAGGAGCUGGAUGGGAUGGGAGGCUCCGAGCUGCCUCACGAGGGAGGACAGAGCCUGAAGCCUGCUACGUUCCUGCGAGGGGACUACCCACCACUGCUCCCUUCCCCAGCAGACACUCCAUGGGACUUGGGGCUCCCCAGCACUGCCCCUCCCCUGGUAGACAACCUAAGGAGAUGGAGGUCUCCCAGUACUGCUCCCCCCACCCCCUCGCCCCCAAACUCUCCGCGAGUGUUAGGGUACAUCGGCACUGACACACACUCCAACCCAUGGAGAAGAUGAGCGGUCCCUCAACACUGACCCCGGACAGCACCGACCCCAACCCUACACAUCCCACGGGAGGGGGGGGGGGAGCAGAGACCUCCCGACCGCACCUCACAACCCCACCCACAUCCUUACGAAGGGAAGGGGACGCUCCGCAUCCCAACAUUGACAUUUCACAUUCUUCUCCCCCAAAACACUCUCUCUAAAGCAGAAGAAGUCCCCUCCCGACUCCGGGACCCACCCAAGGCCGCCCCCGCCCGGUACCUGCCGCCCGACCGCUCCUCAGCGCCGGUCCCCGCCCUCGGGAACCAGCGGCCCCCGCCCGCAAGGCCCCCGCUAGGCUCUCCGGAGUGCCCGCGGCACUGCCUCACCGCGCUGCCGCACGCCUGGCGCGGACCGGUGUCAGGCAUUGGCGUGGGCAGCCCCGCAGGCGUCGGGAGGGCGGAAGGGGCUCCCGGAAGCGGCCAUGCGCACUGAUGGCAGUGAAGCUGCUGGGGCGGCCUGGGAGCAGGGCACGCCCUGCUGCCGGCGGGACGGGACGCAGCGGGGCGGGGGCGGCGGCGCCCACGGGGCUGGGUCCUCCCCGAUGGGGCUGGGUCCUCCCCGAUGGGGAGGUGCAGCUGAGGCGGAGGAGGAAGCGGAGACGGGACGUGGAGCUGUCGCAGCCAGAUGCCAAGGAGAAAGGAGGUGCCAGCACUGCGCAGCCUCUGCCUGCAGAGCCUGGCACAGCACAUGCAGAGCCUCUGGGUGAAGGACUACAGCGACAACUACCUGGAUGAGUACCAGUUCCGCUUUGUCAUGGGCCCCUUUAAUGACCUCGCUGGCAACUUGGUGCAGGAGCUGAUCCAACUGCUGGGCGAGAGCCGGCGCCUGACACGGGCUGCACUUCACCUGCUGCUGGUGCCACACCUGCAGGAGCUCAGCCUGCGGCCAUGCCCCAGCCUGGCCAGCAAUGCCAUUGGCCAGCUCAUCACCAUGCGCUGCAAGAACCUGAGCUCCCUGGACCUGCACGGCUGCAGCCGGCUCUCAGUAGACGUUCUGGUGGACCUGGCUGAGAGUCUGCCACAGCUGUGCCGGCUGAGGCUGGCAGGGACCCAGGCCAACGUCCAGGUGCUCUCAGCUGUGGGUUCCUGCUGCCGGCGCCUGCAGGAGCUGGAUGUGUCCUGCUGCAAGAAGGUGUCCCCGCGCGCCCUGCGGUACCUGGCCUACGACCCUCUGACCCAGACCCUCUGCUGCCCCAACCUCCGCGUCCUGCUGGCCCGCGACGUGGAGCCAGUGGAGAACAUGGUGCCAGCACUGGCCUUCCUGCUGCUGGCCCUGCCACGCUUGGAGUUUCUGGCCCACAGUGCAGUGCCAGAAGCUCUCUGCCUCUUCCACGAGUGCCAGUUUGGUGGCACAGAGGACACUGAGGGUUUUCCCUCACUGGCAGAGCUGGCGCAGCAACGAGGGGCUGUCCCUGGUGGCCCGCCACUCACCCUGUCCCUUCAGCACAUCGAGGAGGUAGAGGACCUGGCUCUGGCUACCAUCCAUGCCAUCUGUCCUCGAGCCAAGGAGGCCAGUGUGUGGUUAGGGGACGCCCCAGGCCUGGCAAGCAGCUGGGAACUGCUGGGCUGGGACCACCUGGUCCGACUGACCUUGGGCUGUGGCGGCCAGCAGAGACGGAUGCUGACAGAGGUGCUGCCGUUGUUGCAGAAACUGGGCCCUCGCCUGCAGAGCCUGGUCCUGCAUGGCUUCUGCUGCCAGGAUGAGCUCUUGCUGCCUACCCUAUUUGCCAGCUGCCCCAGCCUGCAGACCUUCAGUGCCGAGCUGCAUGUCACACCGGACACCAAUCUCCACCUCGAGGUCCCAGAGGACCCUCCACACUGGGCCACCGACCUGCUGCCCCACAGCCUCACCAAGCUCCGCAGCUUCUCCCUGACCCUGGCCAGCACUGCUGACAUCUUCCCUGCACAGCACAGGUUGGCAUUGUGUGCCACACUGGCCUCGCUGCUGUGCCACGCUCCACACCUCCAGACUCUUCACCUGCUCAGUGUGCCCUUCCCACUGGACUCGGUGUUCGAGACGGUGCUGGCAGCAGCGGGGCCACCACUGCUUGAGCUGCAGGAGCUCUCUCUGGCCAAGAGCUCUGUGUCCAGCCAGACUGUGUGGCUCCUGCUGACCUCCGACAGCCACCUGCGCCACUUGGACCUGUCCCACUGCUGGAACAUCUCCCGAAGAGACUAUGACAGCUUUCUGAAGAUGGCACAGAUGCAGCAGCUGGAGCUGGACAUUGCUUGGGAGUAGCCAAGCUCUUUAAUAAAUGAGUUAUGUCAUGCCCCAUGGCACCAUUUGUGCCCAUCAUGGUGGCUAUCCUGGCA